AUGGUCCUCAGAACGAGAGACACGUUGUUGCAACAUGGGGUUUCUGAAUCGUCCCAACCUCAUGUCAAUGUUCAGGCAGCCGUAUUAGCUGCUGCUAUCAUUCAACAAGUCCCUAAUGAUGUUAGUUCUGACUCGACUCUGAAUUCUGCAUGCAAUUCCAUCAAUUCAAUCGGCACUUCUGAAUCCCCCAUACACUCUCUGACAGUACCGCCUUUCUACUAUCAACGACACCUGUCAUCAAGUUGCCAGGACCAGCCAUAUUCUGGGAACAUUCGUGUUGAAGUAGACACUUCGUCCGAAUCAGAUUCCGAAAAGCUUGUCAGACCUAACAUUAGUCGACAGACUGCAAGUGGGCAGCAGCGCGCCCCUGCCCGCAUUGACAAUAGGCUUCAGCAUGGCCACAUUGUCAGUAGCACGACAAACCAACAGCAACAGCGUGCGGACCCUUUACCUUGCCGUAUCAAUGUCGAUCAUAUUAGGCUUCAACAUGCCCAAACAAACAAACCAUGUAUCGACCCUGGACCCUCUGAUGUCGCUAAUAAUGUGACAAAUCGACACCGUCAACAUGUCCCAACCAUCAAUCAGCAUCGUGAACGUGCCCCGGUUGUCGAUCUUGCAAACCAACCACACCAAAAUGCAAGGCUGCCCGCACUACAACGACAACCGUCCUCAGAAACAAUCGCCUCAGUUACUACCACAGGCUCUGGUGUUGUUGAGAAGUUCUACUCAGUCCGACGCGGCUGGUGCACUGGUGUAUUUACCUCAAGAUUAGCGGCUGUUAUGUUUGCGUGUGGUGCCACAGGGGGAAACUACAAGUCAUUUCGAAGCAAGCGAGCAGCUGUGGAUGAUUAUCGUCUCAACAAGGGGCGAGCAUAA